CUGCCCACUACCCGCUGCCCCUGCCCCUGCCCGCUGCCCGCGCGGGAGGCCCCGGCCCGCAGAGACAUGAGCGCCCGUCCGCCCAACGCACCCAAGGCGCUGCAGCCCGGCCCCGCGGCCCCGUGAUGGGCUCCUGCGUGUCUCGAGAUCUGUUCACAAGUGCUCACAAGGACUGCCCCAUGCCCCCGGCCACGGAACCUCUCAACCCAGACUUGCCCUCCGGCUGCCCUACCACCAUGGCUCCUGGCCAUGUCACUGGCAAGGACAAACAGAUGGAUUUCUGUUGGGAUCCUUGGCAGCGGUGCUUCCAGACCACCAAUGGCUACCUGUCCGACUCCAGGUCCUGCUCCAGCAACUACAAUGUGGCAGCCCUGGCCACCUCGUCCCUUGUGGGGGUGGUUCAGAGCAUCAAAGACCACAUCACAAAGCCCACAGCCAUGGCGCGAGGCCGCGUGGCCCACCUCAUCGAGUGGAAGGGCUGGAGCGCCCAGCGGUCGGGCUGGGAGCUGUCCUCAGCCGAAGAUGAGCAGUACGGCUGCCUCCCGGAUGAGCUGCGAGAGGCUCGCUUUGCUGCAGGAGUGGCUGAGCAGUUUGCCAUCACAGAGGCCACGCUGAGCGCCUGGUCCUCGCUGGAUGAUGAGGAGUUGCACCCCGACAACAGCCCCCAAGACAUCGUCCAGAUACAGGACCUAGAGAGCAUCUACCUUCAGAACAGCCUUCUGAGCGGCCCCUCGCAGGACAACAGCCUCUUGGCCUUCUCCUCCCCCGGCCUCUCUCCUGAUACCUGGCCCUCGCCCAAAGAGCCCCCCAACACGGCUGUCGUCCCCCAGCCCCCCAGCCCUGAGCAGCAACCUCGGAGGCGGCUGCCUGGAGGACCCGGGCCUGAGUGUGGGGCCCGGCUGCAGGGCUCCUUCCCGUCGGUGGACGGUGGCUCCCUUUCCGAGGAGGAGGACGAGGUGUUUUACAACUGAGGCAGCUCACUGUGACCUGGCCUGAGGAGCAGAGGCCCAGGCUGGCGGCUCUCACUGCCCUAGGGUUAGGCAGGGCGGGGCUCCUGUUCUCCUGCCUGUCACUGGUGCCACCUCCUUUACUGGGCCCAGGGGGCAUCUUCCCCUGCAGGGCGUCUGCUCUCAGCAAGUUCAAGGACUGGGCAAGCUGUCCAGAGGAGCCCCCAGGCAGACGACCCCACAGCCCUUGGAGUGGGGCUGGGGACUCUGUCUUGACCUGUGGGCUCAGCCCCUCCCCCUUUCCCCUGUGCUUGUGGCCUCCCCCCACCCCAAUCCGGGUAGCUAAGACCUGCUUCUCAGCUGUUAUCCUGAGGAGACUGUCUCCACGGAACGUCUGUCCAUCCCUCACUCUCUGAGCCCUGGUACCCCCACCACACACACACCUCUUUCUGUCUUUCCAGAGUCAUUAAAAUGGUGGAUUCACCCUGGA